AUGUGCGAUUCUUUCAUUCAAACGUUCCAUUUCAGUAUAUAUAAUCGCUCUCGAUGUUAUCGACUGAGUCACCCCUUGCAUUAUAUCAUACACACAUACGUACACAUCUCCUACAGUACAAUACCUCCUACAUCAAAAAAAGGACGUGAAGCGAUAAAAGAAGUGAGAUAGAGCGAAAACCAUCUGACCGCCCGACGCAGCGACGCUACGAGCGAAAUCCCAUUUCUCGCGCUACGCAGUAUUUUUCCUUUGAUAAAGCGAUAGUUGUUCAACGCAGAUCACCUACUAAAACACAGCGCGCGAUCAAGGACAGCCUUUUCGAAAAAUAAGUGCGCUUCGACGCGCAGCUGCUGGUGUCCCCGAACUUGUUUUGGAACGACUCGCGACAUUGUUUGACGUUGACAUUCCUCCGCCGCGCAGUGGGUAUAACCUCACUUUUGCUCUGCUCUCUCCCUCUCGCGCUUUUUUUCUUUUGUUUACGCAUUGUGCAACAGUGCGAGGGUGCGAGGUUCGACUCGACCGGAGAGGGAUAUUCCCUCUACUUGGCUAGAGGUGUGUUUGGCGAAUUCGUAACUUUUCUCUGAGGUGAACGCGACAAUUUCGAGCAGCAAGAUGAAGAAAAAGGUUCUUUUGAUGGGGAAGAGCGGUUCGGGGAAGACCAGUAUGAGGAGCAUCAUUUUUGCUAAUUAUAUCGCGAGAGACACUCGUCGAUUAGGAGCAACAAUCGAUGUGGAGCACAGCCAUGUACGCUUCUUGGGAAAUUUGGUUCUCAACCUCUGGGACUGCGGUGGACAAGAGGCUUUUAUGGAGAAUUAUUUUGCAUCGCAGCGAGACAACAUCUUUAGAAAUGUUGAAGUAUUGAUCUACGUGUUUGAUGUUGAAUCUCGAGAGCUGGACAAGGACAUGCACUACUAUCAGAGUUGUCUGGAGGCGAUACUCCAGAACAGUCCAGAUGCCAAAGUAUUUUGUCUUAUUCACAAAAUGGAUCUUGUUCAAGAAGAUCAGAGGGAUUCCAUAUUCAGGGAGCGGGAGGAAGAUUUGAGAAGGCUGAGCUUACCACUCCAAUGUACAUGCUUCCGGACUAGUAUAUGGGAUGAAACUCUGUACAGAGCAUGGUCUUCUAUUGUGUAUAUGUUGAUUCCAAAUGUCAAAGAACUCGAACAGAGUUUAAAUCAGUUUGCCAAUAUUAUUGAUGCUGAUGAAGUUCUUCUUUUUGAACGUGCCACAUUCCUUGUUAUUAGUCAUUGCCAGAGACGGUAUCACAGAGAUGUACAUCGCUUUGAAAAAGUAUCAAAUAUCAUAAAGCAAUUCAAACUGAGCUGCAGUAAAUUAGCAGCUCAAUUUUCCAGUAUGGAAGUUAGGAAUACUAAUUUUGCGGCUUUUAUCGAUGUAUUUACCUCAAACACAUAUGUAAUGGUUGUAGUGUCGGAUCCAACUAUUCCAUCUGCCGCUACACUGAUCAACAUUCGCAAUGCCCGCAAACACUUUGAGAAACUCGAACGAGCAAGUCAGAGCUCAUCUCUAAGUAGAUAGAAAUUGGCUCGGCCUAGGCGAGAUCGAGUCGCUCGACGCUGAACUGUUGCGGUGGAUCGCAUAAGAAAACGCGAGCGAGCGAGGUGUGUUCUUCGCUUAUGGUCUUUUUACCAAUAAUACAAAAUGAAAAACUAAAAAAACCAUGCAUUGCAUUAAGCGAUUGAUUGCAUGGAAUAUAUCGCGCGACUGAUUAACGAAACAUCGAUCUAUAGAUGUAAUCCCCCAGAGCAGGUGUUAUAUAUCAUUAAUCUUAUGUGGUACAUGACUGUAUAUUGAAUAAAUCGAGAAUAGUUUCUUUUUUCAAAUAAUACAGCAAUGAGUUGACGUUUUUUAACAGUCAUGGGCGAAAUUUGUAUAUUUUCUUUUAUUUAGAUGCGAAUGUAUUUUAAAACUUUUGUAAAGAAUCAAAUAAGACUUUUUAAAGCUCGUUUAACAGCCAGACAUAUUUACGUGUAUUACCCAAGAUAUUUUUAUUUGACUAUACAACAGAGAUCUAUAUCUAUAUUGUAACGUUCCAGAUUAGAAAUGAUGAAAUAUCUGUUAGAGAAUAAAAAAAUUACUUUAUUAGAUUUAAAA